UGUGACUCUUAUCCGGUUUCGGAUCCUUUUCCGGUUGUUUUAGUUGACGAUCAGUGUGAGUAUUGUUAGGGCUCGCCUUUAAUUUGAAUCCAUCGACGUUUAAAUUGAUCUCUAAACUUCGCCAUGGCCAAGUCAAAGAACCACACCAACCACAACCAGAACCGCAAGGCCCAUAGAAAUGGCAUCAAGAAGCCCACCAACAACAGGCACGAAUCUACCCUUGGUGUCGAUGCCAAAUUCUUGCGCAACCAGAGGUUCGCCAAGAAGCACAACCUGAAGCCCAAGGCUCAGCUUAAGAUGUUUGAGAAGAGAAAGGCUGCUGCAGCAUUCAAGGCUGCCCAGAAGAAAUAAGUUAUAAUUAAGUUCUACAUUUAUAAUAAAUGUAACAAAAAA